AUGGGCGUCUCCACCGGGCAGCGCAGUCACGUGUGGCCAUCUCGGCUGCAGGCCAACCUCAAAUGUUCGCCGAAGCAGAGCAGCUCUUCUUUUGUCGCCGCAAUACGACUGCAUCCCCCCCACCGAAUCCCCCACUGCCCGCCUGCCACCUUCACCUCGACUGGACCUGCCUCCAACAUCUCGUCGCACCCAUCCCCACACUAA